CGACGUUUCCGUGUCCGGCAGACAUAUUGCUUACAGGAGCAAAUUCUCGACAGCUAGAAGUGGGAAAGGAUUUAAAAUUAAUUUACAUCGUCACCACUUGAUACAGUCAAACUACACAGGACACCAUGGAGCCGUCAGCCAGUCCGGCCAAGGAUAACUACAGGAUGAACCGCUACAAGAACAAAGCACUGAAUCCCGAAGAGAUGAGGCGCCGGAGAGAGGAGGAGGGCAUCCAACUCAGGAAACAGAAACGAGAACAGCAGCUUUUCAAGAGGAGGAAUGUGGAUAUUCUCAAUGAAGAGGAAGCCAUGUUUGAGAGUCCACUGGUUGACUCUUACCUCAGCUCUCCAGUAACGGAAGGAGUUAUUACCAGAGACAUGGUUGAGAUGCUUUUCUCAGAGGACCCAGAGCUUCAGCUCGCCACAACACAAAAGUUCCGAAAACUACUUUCCAAAGAGCCUAACCCACCAAUUGACGAAGUUAUAAACACACCUGGAGUAGUGGAGAGGUUUGUGGAGUUUCUGAAGAAGAGCGUCAACUGCACACUACAGUUUGAAGCUGCUUGGGCACUGACCAACAUAGCAUCAGGAACGUCCCUGCAGACAAAGACAGUGAUUGAGGCUGGAGCGGUGCCCAUCUUCAUAGAGCUGCUUAACUCGGACUUUGAGGAUGUCCAAGAACAAGCUGUGUGGGCCUUGGGUAAUAUUGCAGGGGAUAGUGCAGUGUGCAGGGACUAUGUGCUGAACUGCAACAUCCUUCCACCACUAUUAAUGCUUCUGACCAAAUCCACUAGAUUGACCAUGACAAGGAAUGCAGUGUGGGCUCUGUCUAAUCUCUGUAGAGGAAAAAACCCACCACCUGCUUUUGAAAAGGUGUCACCCUGUCUGCCAGUGCUGUCCAGGCUUUUAUUUAGCAGUGACCCAGACUUGCUGGCAGAUGCCUGCUGGGCUCUGUCCUACCUCUCAGAUGGCCCCAACGACAAGAUCCAGGCUGUUAUUGACUCUGGUGUCUGCCGGCGCCUUGUAGAACUACUCAUGCACACUGACUAUAAGGUGGCCUCCCCUGCCUUGAGAGCUGUCGGAAACAUUGUCACUGGAGAUGACAUCCAAACACAGGUGGUGUUGAACUGCUCAGCCCUGCCCUGUCUGCUGCACCUUCUCAGCAGCGCUAAAGAGUCCAUCCGCAAAGAGGCAUGCUGGACCAUCUCAAACAUUACGGCAGGAAACAGAGCACAAAUACAGACGGUAAUAGAUGCCAACAUCUUCCCAGUACUGAUCGACAUUCUACAGAAAGCUGAAUUCAGAACCAGGAAAGAGGCUGCCUGGGCCAUCACAAACGCCACAUCUGGAGGAACACCAGAACAGAUCAGAUAUCUGGUGAACUUGGGCUGCAUUAAGCCACUGUGUGACUUGCUGACCGUGAUGGAUUCUAAGAUCGUUCAGGUCGCUCUCAAUGGGCUUGAAAACAUCUUGAGGCUGGGUGAGCAGGAGGCCAAGCAGGAGAACAACGGCACUGGAGUUAAUCCUUACUGCAGCCUCAUUGAAGAAGCUUAUGGUCUCGACAAGAUAGAGUUCCUCCAGAGCCACGACAACCAGGAGAUCUACCAGAAGGCCUUCGACCUCAUCGAGCACUACUUCGGGGUAGAGGACGAGGACAGCAGUCUCGCUCCUCAGGUGGACCAGGCCAACCAGCAGUUCCUCUUCCCCCAGCAGGAGGCCCCCAUGGAGGGCUUCCAGCUAUAAGUCAGCAGCUCCCUCCUCUAAAAUACACCACUUACCCCCCUCUAUACCUUCCCAUCCCUUGGAGGGCCCCUAGAUGCCUGAGUCAUACUACCAUGCCCACUUCCCUGUUCCGCCACCACAAUUGUCCCAAAAACACAUACCCCCACUCUUUUGGAGGAAAGCUAAAACUGUCCGCUGUCCAGCCUAAAAAUGCCCGUCUUUCUUCAUUCAUCCAACCAGUGGACUGACUUCUUGCGGGGCAGACUCUUGUGUUUCCCGGCCAAGGGGAGCGCGGCACACAAACUCCAUUACGUUUAGAAGAUGACCACCUCAUAGCCCAAAGUGUGAGUCUGCCCUGGCUUAAAACGCACACACAGGCAUCUUCCUGCCAUUUGAUAGCUCUUAGAUUCUCUCAUUGGCAGUAAUGGUGGUUUGUUGGUAAAUGUCUUUAUAUACACUUUAAUUUCUUUUCCAAUGGGACAUUCCUCUUUUUAGGAUUCCCCAUGCAUUCCCAUGCAGAUUCUACAGGCUGGGGUGCACGAGGUGAAAUAUGCCCAGCUCUUGAUGUCACUCUGACUUAGUGCAAUUCAAAAAAAUACUUGUGAUCCUUUUUAGUUUGAUAUUUUUCCCCCCUAUCCCUUAUUUAUCUGCUCCUUUUUAAGUGCUUGUGAUUUUUUUUUUUUUUUUUUUUUUUUUGUUUCCUUUUCUUUAAUGGGAUGCGCUUGGCUUGCUACCAAGAGGAACCCUGAUCAGUGCGCUUAGGGCUGGCCUCCGCAUAUCUGCUGGUGGGGAAACAGAAUAUAGCGGGUUUAGAUGCAUAAAUGUCCACCCAGAGUUGCCCUGAGUCUGAUGCCCAAGCUAAGAAGUGUGAUUUUUUUUUCUCUCUCUCCCUCUCUCUCUCUCUCUAUCAACACUUUCUAAGGGGGGCAAAUUUGUUGGGGGAGGGAAUGGGUGGGAAGAAGUGUGAAACUUUAGAAAAUAGAAUCAUCUGAACAUAGGAAGGGCUCUGAAUGGGGUAUUGGUGAAUGGGACUGGGCUUUUAGAGGAUAUGUUUAAAGGUUUAAAAAAAAUCGAGGGUGGAAUAGUUAGAGAUCCAAUGUUCGUCGUGUGCUGUGUUCUUAAUAACAAUACAUUUGAAUUAUGAAGUGAUCUAACUAUUAAACAAGGCAUAGUUGGGGAUUUAGGGGGGAGAGGAGCCGGCGGCAGCAGCAGCAGCAAACCAAACUUAUUUUUAUAUUUAAAUACAUUCAAAGGAUGGCAGAUGUUUAAAGUAGGGUGAAAUACCUCUCGGAGUCAUGGAAAUUGCAUAAGACGCGGCGUUUAUAAUUUUGUGAUUUCACUGAACCCUAGUUUAAACGGGUUGCUGCUGGGUAGCUACUCCCUGUGCCCCUUUUCCCCUCCCUAGCUGUAUGUGGUAGGGUUUUUGCAUGGUGUUUUAUUACCCUGCCUACUGUCACUGAGUAUCCCUGGCCAAACACAGUAGGCGCAGACGGAGAACAGUGUGAAGGAAACACUGCAAGACAUUUCUGUACGCUUGCUCGGCAUCGCUCAUAAACACCAUUUGGGAUCGAAAGCAGGAACUGGGCCGCAACGAAUUGGUUUAGUGGCAUUAACAGUGAUAGUGUAGUGAUGGUGUUCUGUAUAGUGGUAGAGUUGAUAUAUAUAACCCAUGGCAUUCUGUAUCACUAUAUUUUGAAGUAUUGGAAUGACGGCUGAUAAUGAUAUUGCAUGGGUCCAUUGUGAUAUGUAUAGGUAUUGAUGUAAAUAGCCUACUCUCUGACUGGCAAGAAAAGUCUGUGCAGCUUCUUUGUCCCCUUGUGGGUCUAAUAACAACCAGAGUUUGGCUAGGGAUAUAUCUCAGAUAAGUGACAAGCCUAACUGCAACAAAAAUUCAAGUAUAAAUCUAUAUUUGAAUUUUGUGUAUUUGCAUUAUAUAUAGAUAUAUAUAUUUGCGCACACUUCAUGCACACUUGCAUACAACACCAGCAGACACUGUACACACACCUCACACAGAUGAGUGGCUAGCAGCAAGUAAAAUAGUUUCCAUAAUCUUUGGUGUCAAAAUAGUUAUUCUUUUCAUUUUAGUUUGAAAGUUACUUCUUUCCAAAUUGCGAAAAUAGCCAUUUUGGCUGUUGUAUUUGUUUCUGAGCACUUAUUACGUUUUCUUUAUUUCUGAAAAUGUCGCCCUUGGUUCCGUUUAUAAUUGAGACAGUUUUCUGUUUUAACUGAGACAAUGAGAAGAGAUGUUUCUUGAAGUUGGAAGCAUCUUUUGGAAACUUUUUUGUUGUUCCUAGCCACAUGACUUAUGAUGGUUUAAUUCGGCGUGUGAACCUUGACCUGGGAUCGGAGCUGGUCCCGGGUCAGCGUUCAGGCUUUGUGGAUGGAGCAGAACUGUGGUCGUGUGAUGUUUGACUGACAAGGCACUGUGUGAGGGAGAGGUUGAUUGACUCUAUGACUAUGUCCCAAUCAGAGUCUGGGAGCCCCUGUUCUGUGGAUUACUGAUGUAGCCCUAACUUAAACCUAAAUUAAUGAAGUUUCUCCUGGCAAAAUAUGACUGGAUCAGUCUGCUGAACAUUGUGUGUUGUUUUUUUGACUAAAAAAAAUCCUUCGUCUUUCUUGAGAGCAUGUAUUGGAUGCAGCAGUGUCUAUUUAUUUCCAUAUACUAAUAUUACACAAGCCGCCGACUUCCUGUGUCAGUACAUAAUGUCCUGGUCUGAGAUGUUGGUAUUACUUGCAGUGGUUCAAGCAUUAAUUCACAGAUGAAUACGUGAUUUUUAGAGACUGUCUUUUUUUCAUGCGUUUGAGAUGUUAUCCACAGAACACGCGUGCUCCCGGUAGACAUAAGAGGUCAAAUCAUGAAUAAUUGAGCAUCAAGAACUUACCUAUACAUGACCGAUGUGUAGAGCAGCAUUUAUAACUGAAGUCUUUGAUUUCACGGCCACUUCUGUGCUUGGCCUACAAAUAAUGCCAGAAUUGCAAAGUUUAAAAAAACAAACAAAAAAAAAUAAAUCAGUGCAUCAACCAGGAAAAAAAUAUUUAUAUUUCUGAAAACUGAAAAUGCACUCCUGUUCACAAAAGUGCCAAUCCGACCAACAAAGACUGGAGGUUCUUAUGUAUCUGUCUUUGACUUAAAGAUUUUUUCUUUUUAUCUUUUAUUUACUUGAAUGUGCACACAUUUUUGUGCAAAACAUUGCUGCUCUAUUUUCCUUAUCUUUAAAGUUACAUUAUUUGCCAUUGUUUCUUUGGAAAAGUGGCUUUCUUUACUGUGGGCACCUAAAUAUGGAAUUUAAUUAAGGAAGUCUAAUUGGGGAGGGAAAGGACUCUAUUACCUGCAUACAACUGAUUUUUUUCCAGCUACUUUGCAGCUACAGUCCAUUGCUGUAAUGGUCCCCACUGUUACAGUCUUCUGAUGGUUUUCACUGUGCAUAUAGCUAAGCUGCAAAUGUUAGGAAUCAAAGAGCUGAUUUCAUGCCGAAUACAGUAGGGCGUAACAUUUUUGAAUUUUCCUGAGGUUACAGCCUGCAGCCAGUCCCUCUUUGUGCGAAAAGGAAGUCUGCGCUGACGGACAUUGUCGUACUUAGAUGAGGCACACGAUGCAAAUUGUGGAAACUUUAACCGACUAUCAUAGCAGACAAUUGCAGGUACUAACCUUAUUGUCAAAGUUAGUUUACCAAAGUUUUUUUCUUCCUGUAGUCUGAUUGAAAUGAUUUACUCGUUUUGUUUUCAGUUGUUAUUGGCUUGUGUUGACCCAGUCAGAAUGACUGAGAGAUUGCUUCAGGCCAUUUAAUCUCGCUUCUUUUCAUUAGAAGCUGCAAUAGAUCAAUCCCUCUCUUCUAAGAUUUCUUUUCUCUCAAAUGUAUGUACUGUUUCAGAAAAUCAGCGAAAUAAUCCAGAAGACUGCAAUAAAUAUUGUUCAAAAUCAGGCACCCCCGGAGGCAAAAAUCCACCCACAUGAACAGCCCUCGCAGGUGACACUCCUUCCACCGGGUGGAGUGAACAGAGGCAACUACUUGACAUUUUUCUAAGAUAAAAUCUGGGAUUCAGAAAUAAUGCAGUGAUUUACAUUAAAAAGUGUUAUAAUUUAAACUAUAUGUAUGUUCUGAUACAUUGACAGGGAUUCAGAUGCAAUUCUAAUCACUUCUGAGAAGUGGAGAAAAAGCCUCAUUAGAAGUUGUCACAGGAAAACUAUAAAAUAGGAAGCGAGGAUACAAGCCUUUUCUGCUUUUUCUUGAUCUUUUUCCUGAUCAGGAUAUUCUGGGCUAUAUUUUUGGAUAAUUGUGUUUAGAGUAAAAGUUUGUCCUAGUCAGGCUGCAUGAUCAGGAACCUUGUUACCUGUAGGGGAUUGAACAGACAUCACGAAAUAUCUCAAAUCUGACUUGUCUUCCGUCCUAGAAGCUGUUCGUGUCUUUAUCAAAAUCUACAGCCACGCCUGGCUUAGUCAAGUAAUGUCUACGCUACAAAUGUUUACAAUGCUACAUGUUUGUUUAAAAAAAAAAAAAAAAAAAAAAAAAAGUACUUUUCAUAUGCCAUCACUGACCAGUCCUGAUGUGUUCUCUGCUCUGGUCCUCUCAUUUCUUUUACAUGUAUUUAUUUUCUCUAUUCUUGUUUAUGAUUUUUCAUUUGCUCAAAAUUACCCAUCUUAAACUGUGACUUGACUUGACUUUACCGACGGUAUGAAUGAGUGACGAGAAACUAAUACACUUCAACUGAACAUGCCACACAAACAUGAACAUGAAAAAAAUGCAUACAGGAAACAGCAACAAUAUUAAAACAAAUGUAAAGAAAAUAUAUUGAAUUUAAAAUUGUUCAGUGGAAGUACUGUUCAAAACAAAUAAAGUUAUGUUGCAACCCUUUAA